AUGACGGUCUCGGCGAAGACUCUUCCCGCCUACGUUUACGCUUCAGCAAGUGUGCCAUCCAGUACGGCUGUGGUCCUUCCACCCUCUUCCACUGGCCUUUCUGGACUUCAUCUGGUGUCUUACUCAGAGUUGCAAGCGCUCGUGACCGCUCUUAGUAGCCAAUUGAGCGGCUUACCAGAAUUAAAACAAAGACAAACUUCUGUCAGCAUUAGUCUUCCGAACUCACUCGAAUUCCUUGUCGCUUUCCUCGCCAUUGGACAAAAUGCGCAUAUCGCUGCACCGCUGAACCCAGCCUACACCAAGGAUGAAGCUGGCAUCCGUUACAGUGAUUCUUCAGCCAAGUUAUUAUUGUUACCCAAAGGUGCCCUAUCAUCACAACCAUCCGGAGCAGUUCAGGCUGCCCAGAAGUUAGGGAUCUUGAUUGGCGAAGUGACCUAUAUUGUCGAUCAACGCAGGAUUGUUUUGGACAUCCCCGGUCGAGGCGGGUACGCAGGUAACACGGCACUUACCGUUCAUCCGCAGGAACAUGACACAAUGCUACUUCUUCACACAAGCGGAACCACUGGCAAACCAAAGGCUGUACCUUUGAGCCAUAAGAACUUGAUCACAACCAUGCAGAACGUCAAAAAUACCUACAAUCUCACUCCUAGUGAUCGGUCCUUCAUAGUGAUGCCUCUGUUCCACGUCCAUGGCCUUCUUGCUGGUCUACUGGCCCCCUUAGGCUCAGGUGGGACAUGCGUGAUUCCACCUCGGUUUGCGGCGCGCACGUUUUGGAGCGAACUUCAGCUUUCGCACUCCAAUUGGUAUACUGCAGUGCCCACGAUCCACCAAAUUCUCUUGCAUUCGCCCAUUCCUUCACCGCUCCCCAAACUUCGAUUCAUCCGAUCCUGCUCUUCUGCACUCAGUGCGACCACUCAUCGAGAACUAGAAAUGGCCUUUCGCGCUCCUGUUUUAGAGGCUUAUGCCAUGACGGAAGCGACUCACCAAAUGACCUCAAAUCCACUGCCACCAGCCAAAAGAAAACCUGGUACGGUCGGAAAGCCACAGGGUGUUGAUCUCCGAAUCCUUUCUUUUGAUUCAGAAGAUGAAGUCGAAGAGGGUGAAGUAUGUAUCCGAGGUCCUAAUGUUACAGCGGGCUACUUGAACAACUCCAAAGCCAAUUCAGAAUCUUUUACUGUGAAAGAAAGGUUUUUUCGAACCGGUGACCGUGGAAGGUUGGAUGCAGACGGAUAUCUCACUUUGACUGGUCGAUUGAAGGAAUUGAUCAAUAGAGGUGGUGAGAAGUUAUCGCCUCUUGAAUUGGAUGGGGCACUUUUGGCUGUACCAGGAGUAGCGGAAGCGGUAGCUUUUGGGGUUCCCGAUAAGAAGUACGGCGAAGUCCCUUGGGCUGCCGUUGUUCUAAAAACCGGCAUUACGCUCACUCAAAAUGAAAUACAAAAAGAUCUUUCCAAAAGAUUGGGUCAAUUCAAGGUACCGGAGAAGAUCUUCAUAGUCGAGCAAAUACCUAAGACCGCUACAGGAAAGGUACAAAGACGCAAGGUUGCGGAGGUGUUUUUAGCGAAGAACGAACAAAAAGCUCGACUUUAA